AUGUUUCAGUGCGUUUCCUUUUAUGGUCAUUGUCCGAACUUCCGCCAAGCCCCGCCCCCUCCUAUUGGCUGGAGUUUCAGGAAUCAGGACUCGGUUCAGUCAGCUGGACCCGACAGUUCUGAGCAGGACGGUCCAGCCCAGAGGUCCGGACCGGAGCCGUAAAUCUUCAUUAAUCCGGUAACAUGGACUAAGAGAGCGGAGAGAGUCCGGGUGAGUGACUUUAACCGUCAGAGUUCAGAGUAAAUCUGAGAACUUCAGUGUUGAAGUAAACUGUUAGCAUGUCUGCUAACUGCUAACUUAGCUGUUAGCUUCUCCAUUCAGACAGAGGAGAGAAACCCUCAGAAUAAACUCCUUUACUCACAGAAACUUCAGUUAUUUAGAGGUUUACUGACAAACUUUAGCUCUGAACUCAGAUAACAGAGUUAACUCUUCUAUCUGUGUUAUUGAUUAUAUCAAUAAGAACUGAAACUUCUGAUAACUUUGAUCAUAAUUUGAGUUUAAAGAAAAUAAACACAAAUAUUAAAUCACUUUAUUGGAUUAAACGAGAAUAUUGGAUUUACUUUUCCUCCAGUUCACUCUCAGCACCUUUGUCCAUAUUUCUCUUUUAUUCGUUUUUAAUAUUUUACUUUUAUUGUUUUUUUCUCAGUAUUUAUUGUUUUUUAUCUUUGAGUUCACUAAUAAACUAAUACACUAAUACAAUAAUAAACUAAUAAACUAAUACACUAAUACAAUAAUAAACUAAUAAACUAAUACACUAAUACACUAAUAAACUAAUACACUAAUAAAUUAAUACUGAAAUCUUGUAUCUGUAAAUGUUAAAAUCUUUCCCUCCUCUGAGUAUCAGAGACGAUAAUGUGCCGAUUAGAGAUGUAAUGAUAUGAAAAUUAAAGAUCAGGAUUAUUGUGACCAAUAUGAUCAGGGUUAUCAAUAUUAUCAGGGUUAUCAAUAUGAUCAGGGUUAUCAAUAUUAUCAGGGUUAUCAAUAUUACCGGGGUUAUCAAUACUAUCACAGUUUAGUUGAAACAUGUUCAGAAUGUUUAAAGUCCUCCUACUCGCCCUGAAAUCAUAAAACAAAGUUUUAUUUUGAAAAACCAUCAGAAUGACUUUCAGAAUAAACUUUUUCCUUAAACCUGAAAUAACAGGAACGAUAAAAACUUAAAGUGAUCAAUAAUGACAUCUUACUGUUAUAAUGACUCAUUAUUGUAUCUUAGUGGUAGAUAAUUAAAGCAUUUACACCAAUGAUAAAUAAACACCAUUAAACAUUCAAUAUUGACUAACAAGGUUAAAUAUCUGUACAGUGUAUUAUAUAUAGUAUAUAUUAUAGUAUAUAUUUAAAUAUCUGUACAGUAUAUUAUAUAUAGUAUAUAUUAUAGUAUAUAUUUAAACAUCUGUACAGUGUAUUAUAUAUAGUAUAUAUCAUAGUAUAUAUUUAAAUAUCUGUUUUAUUUGCUGGAGUUUCACAGUGUUUUAAAAACAUCAUAUUUUCAUACUUUAUAGUUUCUCUGUAACACGAUAUAAAGUCGGGCUGAGACGCUUUUCUCCUGACUCGAUUCUUCUACGAUAUUUUUAUUUAAAUUUUACGAUAUUGUUGAUUUUCUCGAUAUUCAGUCUGUAUUUUUAACAAACAAGUUGAAUGAUUAUGAUCGUCUACAGACUAUUCCAGGAAUUAUUCAUUCUUAAAUUUGUAAAAAAAUCAAUUUUGAACAUAAAAACUGAUUUAAAAUUGUAAAAGUAAAAAUGUCAGUAGUUUUGUGAAUCAGUGACAGUGUUUCUGAUUUUAGUGUUUGAGGGUUCAGGAGAUUUAAAGACGUGAAGAUUUUCGAUGAUGACGAGUUUUACUGGCUGUAAAAAUCUUGAUAACUUUAAUAACUCUGACUGUAAAUCACCGCAGCAGCGUUAGGAUCACUGCAGCAGGUCGUUUCUCCUCAGGAGGUCAGUCCGUCGUGGUCGUGACUCGAACCCUCAGGUGUGUUUUCAGGAAGUUCUUCUUCAGAGGAGCUCAGGCUGAAGUUUGGAUGAAUUAUUGAUGUCUGACAUGAUUUCCACCGAGCGAGGCCGACAGCUCUGUAACGUGAGCCAACUCCGCUCUCUGCCAUCUCUGCCGGCUCUGUUUCCGAUGUGGAUCUGUGAGUCUGCUGAAACACGACCCACUCCUCUCUUUUACUGACCUGGAUUAUGGAGGCGGCGGUCUCGCCCAUUGUAACGUCGCCGUUUUAGAGGAAAGAGCGAGUAAAACGGCGAUUCGUGGAGAUUAUUCUCUGUGAUCGAUCAAACAUUCUCUUUCAGAGCGGAGGACGGGCCGAGCGCACCCUCGACUCCUUAGAGAGGAGGCGGAGUCACUGUUAUCAGAUGACUGGUGCGCUCUCCUCUGAUUGGUUCAGACAUGAAACUGUAACUCGGUCAUUGUGGGUAAUCACGGUCUUGUGUUUCACAGCCCCUCUCCGUGGAGCCCGGUGGCGUCAUGGCAUCCCGGCUGCUGGACCGUCUGAAGCGCUCGUUGUUUAAAGAUGGUCAGGGGGCGGGACCGGAGCAGGAAGCAGGGAGUGCACAGGAAGAGGAGGAGUUUAAAGAGGACCGCUGGGAGGCGGAGCUGGAAGAGGAGGAGGAGUGUGUGACCGACCGGCUCGGCGGGACUCUCUGCUUCGACAGCGGCGGAGGAGGAGGGGAGGAUGGAGGCGAGGGCGAAGGCUCGGGGUUGGACAGUGACUCUGACUUCCUGGGAGAGUCGAUGGAGGAGGGGCUUAGCAGCACAGGUGAGUGUUUACCGUGUUUGUCACCUGGUCUGACUGAUGUCAUAAACCGCAGAGUCUCUCGUUGAUCAUCGAUCAAACUCUCACCCGUCUGUUUCAGACGCCAGUCCAGUGGGCGUGUCCCCCGUCGCCCCCUCUCCUUCCUCCCUGCUCACCCGUCAGCUCCAGGAGAGCUGGCGAAGCCUGCGAGGACUUGGCGGAGGAAGCACCUCGCCUGUUGGGAGGCGGCUAACCGACAGCUUGAUGUUCGAGGUGACGGACGCCAGCGUGGUCCAGGACGGCUCGUCCAAAUAUGUGGUGAGUCGGCGUGACGUGCUGCAGGUCAUGUGGGCAGCUCUUUAGUGAGGCCUCAGUCAUGUCUGGGUCAUGUGACCUGCUGAACGCACUCGCCCUUCACACGGUCGUCUCCGCCUGUCUCUGCAGCUCUACACCAUCCACGUCAUCCAAUCAGGAGGCAGCGAUAAGACUCCAGCCAUCAUCACCCGACGGUACUCAGACUUUCAGCGGCUUCACGCCACGCUGCGCCGUCACCAUGGAGACCAGAUGGAGCGCGUCUGUUUCCCACGUGAGUUAGGGUGAUUGGUUCCACAUUCAUUCAUCCUUUUUUAUUCUCUCUCUCUCUCUCUCUCUCUCUCCCUUCGUUCGCCCCGCCUCUCUAAGCUCUGCUGGUUAAUUGCGACCUCGAACCCGUGGUCCUGGUCGAGUUCAUAUGAUAUCUUAUAAUCCUGAUUUGUGUACUUCCUUGUUUCUGUGACCUUUGACCGCGUUCACCCUGAGCUCAUUCCACUCUCUGAGAACACGAGGCUUUUAUUUUGAAAGGGAACAUUAGCUGGUUUUACAUGUCAGGGAUUUAAAGUAUAAAGGAGGAUGAUGACGAUAGUAAAGGCUGACAGCAGACUGACAGCAGACUGACAGCAGACUGACAGCAGACUGACAGCAGACGUCCUAAACGCUCGUUAAAGUUUUCAGUUUUUUAUUUUUUUAAUCGGUUUUUAUUUUAGUUAAACUCUGACGUCUCUCCACUUCCUGUUUUCAGGGAAGAAGCUGAGGAGUAACUUCACGGCCGAGACGAUCGCCAAGCGGAGCCGAGCGUUUGAACAGUAUCUGUCUCACCUGUGCUCCCUCACAGCCCUGCGGGGGGCGCUGUGUGUCCAACUGUUCUUCUACCUGAGUGACCUGCAGACUGCACAGCUGCUCAUCAGGUAAACACACACACAGACACACACAGACACACACACAGACACACACAGACACACACACAGACACACACACAGACACACACAAACACACACAGACACACACAAACACACACAGACACACACAGACACACACACACAGACACACACAAACACACACAAACACACACAGACACACACAAACACACACAGACACACACACACAGACACACACAGACAGACACACACAAACACACGCAGACACACGCAGACACACACAGACACACACAAACACACACAGACACACACACACAGACACACACAGACACACACAAACUCACACAGAUACACACACAAACACACACAGACACACACAGACACACACACAAACACACACAGACACACACAAACACACACAGACACACACAGACACACACACACACACACACAGACACACACAAACACACACAGACACACACAGACACACACAGACACACACACAGACACACACAGACACACACACAAACACACACACACAGACACACACAAACACACACAGACACACACAAACACACACAGACACACACAAACACACACAGACACACACAAACACACACAGACACACACAGACACACACACAAACACACACACAAACACACACAGACACACACAAACACACACAGACACACACAGACACACACAGACACACACACACAAACACACACAGACACACACAAACACACACAGACACACACAGACACACACAGACACACACACAGACACACAAAGACACACACACAAACACACACAGACACACACAAACACACACAGACACACACAGACACACACAGACACACACACAAACACACACAGACACACACACAAACACACACAGACACACACAAACACACGCAGACACACACAGAUACACACAAACACACACAAACACACACACAGACACACACACACAGACACACACAGACACACAGACACAAACACACACAGACACACACAGACACACACAAACACACGCAGACACACAGAGACACACACAAACACACACAGACACACACACACAGACACACACAGACACACACAGACACACACAGACUUGAACACCGUAAAUCCUCUAAUAGAGGUCCAGUCUUGUUCCAGGUCUUUAUUUGAGGCAGGCUUUAAUUAGAGCCAAACUGUCUCGUCCUCGGAGACUGAAACCUGGAGCCCACGUUGACCCACGUUGGCCCAUGUUGACCCGGGUUUGAGGACACAUUUAAAGGGACAUUUCACGAAUAAACAGAGAGAUCUAAAGUCUGUCGGGAGUCGGCCUCUUCUUCUUCUUUGGAUAUAAAAGCAUAAAUCCAGAUUAAUCGUUCAGUUUCACUUCCUUUCUUCGUGGAACGCCAACAUCCUCUUUCUGAUUCCUGUUUUUAUAUUUGGAUUCGAGCGUCUUUCUGUGAGAGAAAGUCCUCAGGACCGAAAACAGACCAGUGAGUCAGAGCUCGGUCAUUUCUGAUCAGUCCAAGUUUUCUAAGAUUCCAGCUGGACUGACGGGACGGAGACCUGCUGUCCUCUCUGAACCGUCAGCGUGUUUCUUAACGUGCUGAAAAAAGAGGGAGGGGCUGAUGAGAAAAGUGAGGAAGUAAUCUGUGAAACUGUGAAGCUCCGGGGUCUUUCAUAGGCCCUUUACUCUGAAUCAGUCCUGAGGUCCAAAGAUGUAAAGUCACCUCGCUCGUCCAUCCUUCCUUCCUCCUCUCCUCCUCUCCUUCUUUCCUUCCCUCCGUCUGUUAUAGGACCAGGUGGCAGGUCUUUGUUUUUGCAGACCUCUGCUAAAGACGACUUCCUCGUCUCCAGACACGGUUCGGUCAAAGCCACUUUUCCUACAAACUCAGACUGGAAAUCCUCCUGAUCCGUCUGAUCAGAGCAGAUUUUCCAGUCGAGCCUUCAUGAUCUUCAUGAACACGCAGGAAGUUUGAACUUUGCUCACAUCAGGCCCAGAUCACAAUCCUUUCACAACGACAGUUAAUCUUUUAUUUCACGGCUCAGAGUCCCGAAGGAAACGAGCGUUAACAAUCCAACAGGAGGGGAGUCGGUCUGAACAAGAUCCUCACUGAGGAUGAGGUCAAGAUGAAGUCAUACGGGUGGGACUGAAGUCUCUGAUGACCUACGAUCAGGCAGAGCGCCUGAACGCCUCCUGAGCGCCUCCUGAGCGCCUCAUCCCAAACAGAUGGUUAGUUUUUGUUGCAGAGUUGGAGCUUGAGGUCAUGAACAUCUGACCUUUGACCUCUGAAAUCAGCUGUAAAGGUUCUCCUGUCUGCUCACGUCUUCAAAAACUUUGGUUACAGCGUGUUUGAAGGUUUUUAUUUUAAUAAUCUUUUUAUUUUAAAGGUUUUUAAUUUGAUAUUUUAUUUUAAAGUUUUUUAUUUUGAUAUUUUAUUUUAAAGUUUUUUAAUAGUUUCUGCGUGUUUGAAGGUUUUUAAUUUAAUAAUAUUUUAUUUUAGUUUUUUGUGGUUUCUGCAUGUUUAAAGGUUUUUAUUUUAAUAUUUUAUUUUAAAGUUUUUUAUUUUGAUAUUUUAUUUUAAAGGUUUUUAUUUUAAUAUUUUAUUUUAAAGGCUUUUAUUUUAAUAUUUUAUUUUAAAGGUUUUUAUUUUAAUAUUUUAUUUUAAAGUUUUUUAUUUUGAUAUUUUAUUUUAAAGGUUUUUAUUUUAAUAUUUUAUUUUAAAGGCUUUUAUUUUAAUAUUUUAUUUUAAAGGUUUUUAUUUUAAUAUUUUAUUUUAAAGUUUUUUAUUUUGAUAUUUUAUUUUAAAGUUUUUAAUAGUUUCUGCGUGUUUGAAGGUUUUUGAUUUAAUAAUAUUUUAUUUUAGUUUUUUGUGGUUUCUGCAUGUUUAAAGUUUUUUAUUUUAAUAUUUUAUUUUAAAGUUUUUUAUUUUGAUAUUUUAUUUUAAAGGUUUUUAUUUUAAUAUUUUAUUUUAAAGGCUUUUAUUUUAAUAUUUUAUUUUAAAGGUUUUUAUUUUAAUAUUUUAUUUUAAAGGUUUUUAUUUUAAUAUUUUAUUUUAAAGGUUUUUAUUUUAAUAUUUUAUUUUAAAGUUUUUUAUUUUAAUAAUAUUCUAUUUUAAAGUUUUUGUGGUUUCCAUGGUUUCUAAGCUGAGUCUGUUUUGUCUCUUCGAGGGUGGGACGGUAUCAGGAGGCCUUGGGUCCGCUGCUCAACGCCAAGAGGCUGCAAGAGAAACUAGGCUGGACAAGUUACUAUGACAACCAGGCUCAGGCCACACCCCCUGCCUCCUCUCAUUGGUUCUUCACCCUGGUGGGGCUGUCGUGUUGUUUCCAGGAAGUGGACCAGCUGGGGGAGGCGAGGGAUCACUGCGACCUCGCUCUCCGUGUUCUCACCCCCGCAGACUCUCAGACUAACACGGACGACAAGCCCCUCCCCCUUGAGGACGAGCCGCACACGCUCAGCGAAAAGCAGGACGUGUCACAGCUGCACAUCGACACGCCACACCCCCUCCUGUUGCCGCUGUUACGGGCGGUCGUGCGACUGUCGUGGCAGACGGGGAGAGACAAGCGGCAGUGGGAGGAGCUUCUGCAGCAGCUGGAGGAACAGUGGGCGGGGCUUGACAAUCAGCCAACUGUCAAGGAAUUUUUGGUCAAACACAACCUUGAGGAGAGCGAAGGGGAGGGUUAG